ACAUUGCUGCGGUGUGCUCCUUCAGAACCAUGGCGUCAGGCGAACCUAGAGCGAAGAAACUUCGACUGUCAGAAGAGAAAAAGCAGGACAAACCCGCAGAAAAGAAAACUCCUGAGAAAAAAACUCCAGAGAAGAAAUCACCAGGGAAGAAAACCUCGAUAAAACUCGGCCCUAACUCCCUGUUUGGUAUGGGGAACCCACUUCUGGACAUCUCAGCUGUCGUGGACAAAGACUUCUUGGAGAAGUAUGGUCUGAAGCCCAAUGACCAGAUCCUGGCAGAGGACAAGCACAAAGCACUGUUUGAAGAAAUCGUCAAAAACUUUCAAGUGGAAUAUCAUGCGGGCGGAGCCACUCAAAACUCGAUUAAGAUUGCCCAGUGGAUGAUCCAGGAGCCCCACAAGGUGUCAACGUUCUUUGGCUGCAUCGGGGAGGACCGGUUCGGGGAGAUCCUAAAGCAGAAGGCAGAGGAGGCCCACGUGGACGCCCACUACUAUGAGCAGACCGAGGAGCCUACAGGGACCUGCGCCGCAUGCAUCACUGGGGACAACAGGUCUCUGGUAGCUAACCUAGCAGCAGCGAACUGCUAUAAAAAGGACAAACAUCUGGACUUGGAGAAGAACUGGUCCCUAGUGGAAAAAGCCAAAGUCUACUACAUCGCUGGUUUCUUCCUGACUGUGUCUCUGGAGUCCAUUCUAAAGGUGGCCAAACAUGCGGCAGAGAACAACAAGCUGUUCACUAUGAACCUCUCCGCUCCGUUCAUCUCCCAGUUCUUCAGAGAUGCCCUCAUGGAGGUCAUACCCUAUGUGGAUGUGCUGUUUGGCAACGAGACGGAGGCGGCCAUGUUUUCUAAAGAGCAACACUUCGAGACCGAGGACAUUGAGGAGAUUGCCAAGAAGACUCAGGCGCUGCCAAAAGUCAACAUGAAGAGACAGAGGGUGGUCGUAUUUACUCAGGGCAAGGACGCGACCAUAAUGACCAGAGGAGGUGACAAGGUGGAGAUGUUCCCAGUGCUGAAGAUUGACCAUAAGGACAUUGUGGACACAAUUGGAGCCGGCGAUGCCUUUGUAGGAGGGUUCCUGUCAGAGUUAGUCCAGGACAAGGAUUUGGAAGACUGUGUGAAAGCCGGACACUAUGCUGCCAACGUUAUCAUCAGACAAGCAGGAUGCACCUUCCCUGACAAACCAGACUUUCACUGAUGACCUGUACACUUCUGACCUCUAACCCCUGACCUUCACCUUUCAACUGAAAGAAAACAGGUCCCUGCUGGCCCUUUUUAAUGAAACAUCCAUCCAUCCUAUUGAUCCAGCAAUGCUUCAUCUUUUGCUCAUCUUUGUGCCACCUGAUUUCUGUGCCGGUUAUUGACCUCCACUAGGGGUUGCUCUCAGGACAAACCAUUCUGCAGCACCGGCUUCGAUGUUGAGCUCAUUACUGAGUUUUACUGCCUGUCCACUUAGGCACACUGAUGGUACUCAACUAAUUCUGACUGAUUCACAGUUAACUGUCACAUUUCAACAGUCUUCCCUGUGAAGAGCUAGCUAAAACCUAGUGGGUUUGAUGACGGGUUAGAGAUGUUUACGAGCUGAUUUAUUUGGUUUGAUUGGAACACAUUCAUUUAAAGUGGUUUCUGUGGAAGGUUACCCACAAAGUUUAGUGAAACAGUGCUAGCAGUUAUUACUGCAUUUAAAAAUUAGAUGGGUGGUGUCAUGAUUUAAAUGUACUUUUUUCUAUUAAUUGUUUAAUGAUGGAAGGCUUACUGAAGCUGAGAAGUGGCCAGUGUUGCUAUAAAACCGAACAGAUUCCUCAAAGCGCACAUUAAACAUAAAUGUACUUUUUACUUACAAGGCCUUUAUGCACUUUGUAAACCUCAAAUUCUCUAUACGCUGUCUGAAGUGUUUUUAAAUUUUUUUUUUAACAAAGUAGACAAUUAAAGGGGUAGUUCUAUAAAUAUGGUGGUUCAUGCAUCUCAGGUAGCCACCCCCUGGGCUUUUCCUGUUGACGAAAGUCCAAAUACACAAAACCACCCUUUCCAAAGGUGGCACAUGGGCAUUUCUGAACGCAAAAUAAAUCAAACCUUUAUGUUGUUCCCUAGAAAAUGGCUGGGUGACUGUAUAUUGUUCAAUAUCCAUGUUGGUAUCAGUAUGUUUUGUUGUAUUCUUUGUUGAAAGAUAGCAGUUGGUUUUUUUUGCUCAUUGUGCAGCUCUACCCUGAACUAUCCCUUUAAAUAUUUACAUAUAAAAAUGUGGGUGUAGCCUGCUUUUGGGGCUAAUAAGAAUGUGUCAUAGCAGGCUAGUUGGUAGAAGUGGGACUUGGUGUGCAGGGUCUGUGAGGCUAAGGGCAUUAGUGAAAACCUCGUGUAUGAUUGUCAACAGUUUUCAGUUCAAUUAGUCAAACUAAUUAAUUUAAAUGGCAUUGAUUGGAAUUUGAAGUCUCAAUGAAAUUUGCUGCAUGUAGGCUGUGUUGUGAUUUGGGGCUCCUACCUGUGUUAGUGUCCUAAGAAUAACCUUUAAGUAAAAGAUAUUUCAAGCCUA